GUAAUAUUAAUUAAACUAUAAAUAGCAUCACACAUCAUUAUACUCAUCAGCUUCCUUGAGUAAAACCACAACACAAGUUACAAAUCUCUAAUAUGGAUGUAAUCUAUGUCAAACAAGCUUUGAAAUUUAAUCAAGUUUCUAAGAAACUUGUUACUUGUGAAGAUCCAAUGGAGAGUUUUUAUUUAAUUGAUAUUAUCCAAAGGCUUGGAAUUGAACACUACUUUGCUGAGGAGAUCAAAGUUGCCCUUGAAAAGCAACAUUUGAUAUUAAGCAGUAAUUCCAAUGAUUUUGUUAGUAGCCAUACACUCUAUGAAGUUGCACUCACAUUUCGCUUGUUGCGACAAGGUGGCUAUCACGUCAAUUCAGAUUUAUUUGACAACUUGAAGUGUACCCAAAAUACAUUUAGAGUAAAAUAUGGUGAAGAUGUGAAAGGUCUCAUUAAUUUGUACGAAGCAUCCCAGCUAAGUAUUGAAGGAGAAGAUGAUCUCAAAUAUUUAGGGUACCUUUGCCUUGAGCUUCUUCAAGAAUGGCUCUUAAGACAUCAUGAUCAUGAGGAAGCUAGAUAUGUUGCAAAUACUCUUCAAUGCCCAAUUCACUAUGGCUUGUCAAGAUUUAUGGAUAAAAGCAUAUUUGUCAAUGAUUUGAAGGCUAAGAAUGAAUGGAACUGUUUAGAUGAACUUGCUAAAAUCAAUUCCAGCAUAGUUAAGCUCAUGAACCAGAAUGAGAUCAUUGAAGUUUCUAAAUGGUGGAAAGACCUUGGACUAGUCAAGGAUGUGAAGUUUGAAGGGUAUCAACCUCUGAAAUGGUACAAGUGGCCCAUGGCAUGUUUUACAGAUCCAAGCUUUUCUAACCAAAGAGUUGAGCUCACAAAACCUAUUUCUUUAGUUUAUGUUAUUGAUGACAUUUUUGAUCUUCACGGAACAUUGGAUCAACUUACUCUAUUUACACAAGCUGUUAACAGAUGGGAAAUGACUGGUACAACGAAUCUUCCCAACUUUAUGAAAAUUACUUUGAGUGCACUCUACAAAGUUACCAAUGAUUUCUCUGAAAUGAUCUACAAAAAGCAUGGAUUCAACCCGAUAGAUACACUAAAAAAAUCGUGGGUGCGGUUAUUAAAUGCUUUCUUGAAAGAGGCUAUUUGGUUGAAUUGUGGUCACUUGGCAAGAGCAGAUGAGUACUUGAAUAAUGGAAUUGUGAGCACAGGAGUGCAUGUUGUACUUAUCCAUGCAUUCUUCCUCUUUGAUCAUGUUCAAGGUAUUUCAAAGGAAACUAUUGCUAUCUUGGAUGAUGAAUUUCCAAAUAUCAUAUAUUCUGUGGCAAAAAUUCUUCGUCUCUCUGAUGAUUUAGAAGGAACUAAGAGUGGAGAUGAAAAUGGUCUUGAUGGAUCAUAUCUUGAUUGUUACAUGAGUGAACACCAAGAUAUUUCAUAUGAAGAUGCACAAAGUCAUGUUGUUGAGAUGAUUUCAAAUGAAUGGAAAUGUCUCAAUCAAGAACUUCUAGUCUCAUAUCCAUUUCCAUCAUCAUUUACCAAUUUCUGUCUUAAUGUUGCUAGAAUGGUUCCUUUUAUGUAUCAUUACCGGAACAACCCAAGCCUCUCUACUCUACAAGAACAUGUCAAGUCAUUAGUUAAUUGAUUGCAUUUGGUGUAAGAGAAAUAUCCAAACUAUAAAUUUGAAAGUUUGUAAUGGUUAAAUAAAUUUAAAUUGUAUGUAAUGUAAUUUAGUGGUUUAUUCUAA